AAAUAUUAGAGUAUGCAGCACAUAGUAAAGAAUUAGGAGGAACUAAUUAUAAUAAAAUAAGCAACACUUUUAACGCUGUAAGAACUAGAGAUCGCAUGCUUAAACUACCUGACCUGUAACGGUUAAACUACUUCAUCUUUUAUGAAACAAGAAGAGUUUCAUCCUCAUUACCGGCUCAAGUUCUUUCAGUAUCUGGCUACUCUUUUCAUCUUUCAUUGGUCUUCAAGAUUGAUAUUAGCAGAGGCAGGAUCACUCAUAUCUGGGUUGGUAGACGGUGGAUAAUAUGGAAUUUCAUUCUGGUCAGGAUUGAAAUCAGACAUAAGCAUGCUAGGAUCAAUGACCUGAGGUAUGCCAACAUUGUGCCACUCAAGUAAACCUCCUGAACCAUUUGAACUCUGAGCAGGUUGAAGAACUUGGCCACUUCUGAUCCCAGAGAUCUCCCCAUAGCAAGCACCACCAAUGUGGUGGAUGAGAGGUUUCCCUCUAAUGUGUUGAUUAACAAAUGGCUCUAUUGACUCUACCUAUUCUGAGGAAUGCUCUGGUAAUCAAGGUAUCCAUAGCCAGAAAAGCUAGGCCCUUCACCACCUUGAUGAGAAUAAUCGGCUGCCAAAUCAUUGUUCGCCAAAAAACUAGAUGGAUUCAUCACUUUUCUGUUGUUUCCACUCUCCAAAAUUGUUCAUCUCUUGUAAAUCGUCAGCAUAAUUCUGACCAGGUUGAAAAACUUGGUCAUUUCUGACCCCAGAGCUCUCCCCGAAGGGGGCACCACCAUGGUGGUGGAAUACUGGGUUCGCUCUGUAUUAAUUUGGAACCUGAGUCUUAAAAAGGGGAUAGUCUUUGCUCGUAAAGGGAUGCCUUCUCAGUUCCUUCAAGCAUGUGUCACACUGUAGAAGCCUAUCAAGGUAUUUGAAAAGAGAGGAGGACAUAACAAAUAGGUAUAACAUAACUAAAAAAUUUUCAUAUGUAAAAAUAAAAAAUGCAUUCUAAAGCAAGAGAUAGAAAAAUCUGCAAGUUAAGGCCAAUCCCCCAGUAAAAUAAACUGCAGUCU